AUGACGAUGGUCAUUGAAAACCAAAACCGCCAAUACGGCGGGAUGGGCUUCGAUAGUGUCUAUCACCACAACAUUCACCACACCCCUCCUCAAUUCACCGAUCCAUGGGCCGCCGCUCAAACAACCUCCCACUCCAACCCUCCCGUAUAUGCGACAGCUCUCGCACCCAGUCCGAUUGGCCUCAACCAUGUCAAGCAGGAGGAAGUGAGCCGCCCCGCGGCGAUGUCGAUGUCAUAUUCUAGCAUCCCCGUGUCCGCCCCCUCCAUGGUUGCCGGAAGCAACUAUUCCACUGCCACGGCCACAAGCUACCCCGGACCGGAGAUGAUGGGAUUGUCACACGAUAUCCCACGCACAUCGUUUGAGCAAGCUCCCGCUUACACCACAGCUUCCCCCAUGACCAGCUAUGCGCCAGCCAGCUAUGCACCUUUGAGCUACGCUCCCCACAUGCACCAAGACCGACGGAUAUCCCAUGCUGAUGCUCGCGUCAGUCAAUCGCAUCCUGCCUCUGCCCCGACUUUCGGUGAUGCUCUGGAUGCCAGCCGGGGAAUGGUCGCGCUUAGCCAGGAUUUGACGCCUCGCAACAUCUAUGGUCCUCGCAGCGCGCGGGGCUCGGGCGACUCUUAUGGCUUCCCCUCGACUCACUCUUCGGGAUCCUCGAUCUCCUCCGCUAGCAACUACCCCUACUACAGUGCCUCGGUGGCAUCUGUGGAAUCUUCGGUUACCGAUUAUAGCUCGACAACCUCGGAAUCCUACGAGAACGGUCAUUUGUCGCGGACCCUUCCGCGCCCCUCGAACCUUUUGACGGGAAGCGCACCACCCGGACCCCAGUCGAUGAUGAGUCAGUUUAGCUCUAAGAUGCCGUCCAACACACAGAAGAAGCACAAGUGCAAGGUGUGUGACAAGCGGUUCACCCGCCCGUCGUCGCUCCAGACCCAUAUGUAUAGUCACACUGGCGAAAAGCCAUUUGCAUGUGACGUGGAAGGCUGUGGUCGCCACUUCUCGGUUGUCUCCAACCUGCGCCGACACAAGAAGGUUCACAAAGGAGAAAAGGAGGGUGGAUCCGGCGACGACGAGGAGUAA